AUGAAUAAAAAGUGCAUAUAACAUUCGAAUAUUUUCAAUUUAUAAUAGUUUAAAGCUGCAAUUAAGUAGACUAUAUACAGAAUUUACGAUAACUUUACUGUCGAUGCUGCUCUUUCUGAAAUGAAAUAAAUUUUAACUAAUUAUGGAGAAAUAGGAAAAUAAGAAAGGCUUUCUGCUUUAUGUGAUAUGCUUUUAGAAUCUAAUAAUAAUCUCAAUUCUAAAUAAAAGAAAGAUUUGUUGAAAGUUUUAGGAAUUAUUGGAGAGAUUUAUCAAAAAUAUGUAUUUAUUUCAUGGAAUAAAAUAUGCAAAGUAUUAUAAAAAAAGAUUUGCGAUGAUGAUGCAAAUACUUAUCUUGCAUUGGCUGAAAAUGUAGGGAUUUUAGUUUAAAAAGCUUUUUAAAUUGACUAAAGUAGCUAAGAUUAUUAGGAAUUUGAAAUUAAAUAAUUUUGGGAUCAACUAAUGGGGUUAUAUUUUUCAUUAAUUUAAUGUCCGAAUAGCUCGUUAGCUGAUAAAAAAAAAUCAGUAGCUUCUUCUAUGUGUCUUUCUAUUUCAAUACAAAGUAUUCCUCAACUAUUAAUAAUUGAUGAUAGAAUAAAUAUUUGUUUAUAAAUUAUGAAGCCUAUAGAGAAAACAAACAUAGCGGCAGAAAAUCAAUUACUGGACUGUCUGCUAAGUCUGAUAGUUGCUUGUGAAGAGUAAUUUGAAGAUUGUUGUGAGUAUUGUGUGCCUUUUGUAAUUGAUCAGCUUUCAAAAGAAUAAAAUAUUAUCACUUAAAAUGCUAUCAACAUGAAUAUUAACUCUUCUAGCUCAAAUUGGUAAAAGAGAAAGAUUUGUAUUGAUAUCAUCUAUACUCUUUCUGUUCUAACUCCUCCAUAUAUAUCACUUUACAAAGAUCAAUGUGUUGAAGUAGUUAGCUCCUUCAAAUAUGAUAAAAUAAAAAGUGUUAGAGAAGCAGCCUAAGUAGCUUUGGUAUCUCUUCAAGACCUUCCUACUUUAAGAGAGUAAAAGUAUGUACAAAAUGUCUCUUCUGAAAAUUUAUCAUCAACUCCUAAAGAAUAAUCUUUAAUAUCAUCCAAGAGGGAGGGACGUGCUUUAUAUGGAAAUCAAAGUCUGAAAAAUUUAAAAGGAAACCAUAUUGAACAGCAUAUUUUAAAUGAAUAAAAUGGAAAUUAGCUUAACGAAUUGGUAGAAUAAAAAGAAGAAACUUAAAGCAAUUCUUCAAUGCCAUUAUUGGAAACUGUAGACAUUGACUAAGAGACUAUAGAAUAAGCAUUAGAAAAAUUAAAAUAAAUAUAGGAUUAAGAAUAAAAUCUAUAAAAAUAACAUGAUAACAUAAAAGAGAAAGAAAAUCAAAAAUAAGAAGAUUUUGAAAAUCAAUAAUUAAAGGUUGAUAAUAAAUAAUAAAGUAAAAUUCCAGGAUUAAAGAGACUAUCUCCAGAUUAUAAAAAGUAACUAUAAGUCAAAAAAGAGAUGAAAUUCGAUAAAUAUAAUUCUAGUCCUCCAAAUUAAUUUAAAUAGAAAAAAGAUCCUAUUGAAAAAAAAUUAAAUAAAAAUUUUUUUGAAAAUGCUCCGAAAAAUUUGAUUGAAAUAAAACUUAACGAAGGAUAAUAAAAUCAAGAAGACCACCAAAAUAGAAGUAAGUUGGCUAUGCAUAAAAGUUAAUCUCUUUCUUUAAUAGAUAACAAAGAAUUUUAGUAACCAAAAGUUUAAGAACAAAAUAGUUAAAAGUUUCAAAACAAAAAUUUAGAUAAAGAUUUAAAAUAGAUAGAUGAAAAUAUUAAAAAAAUUUAAUCUGAUUUAAAAGUUUAUUAAGAUUUACUCAGCAGUGGCGAUAAAGAUUCCAAAUAAAGAUUGUCAGUAUCACCUUAGAAUUUAAAAAAUUAGUCAAAAAAUGGAUCAAACUAGAGCUUAGAAGAAUUUGAUUAAAGAGAGAAGUCUUUACCUAAAAAUACUAGUUUCUCUCCUUCAAGAAAUUACAUGUAAAACAACAAUUAAAAUAAAAAAAGAAAAAAGAUAUUUGAAAAUACUCCAAUUAGUCCAAAUGCCUAGCUUAUGGCUCGGAGUUCUAUUAUAAAUAACGGUUUAACAUUGUAAAACAACUCAAAAGUAUUUAAUUAGGUGAAUAACACCACACCAAGCAACAGUGACAUUUAAAUCUAAGAUGAUUUUGUUAAAAGAUCAAGUACUUACUCUCCUGCAUAGAGAAGCUUAUUAAAGCCUUAAUCUAUAUCCCCAAAUUAACAAAAUCAGCUAAAUAUAUAAUCUUAUUAUUAAAAGUCUUCUUAAAGGUAGUACAAGCCCAUAUUUUAGUAGUCCCCGAGCUAUCAAAGGAGUGCUUCAUAUAAGAGAUUAAAUAAUUUCGAUUAAUAAUUAGCUCAAAUAUCUGAAUCAAAUUUACAAUUCAAUAUUUCAUAGCAUUUAAACAAUGAACCUACUUUGUACUUAGAUAAAAUAAGAUAGCUCGAAGAUGAAAAUUAAAAAUUGAGAAUAAAGUUAAAUGAAACUAAAGUUUAAAAAGAAUAAAUUGAAAAGUAGUUAAAUUAGUAAAUUAUUGAAGUAAAUAAUAAAAUGUAAAAUUUGAUACAAUAGUUAAGCCAAGCACAAACUGAGAAGCAGUCUCUAAUGUAAGAACACUUAGAGAAAGAAAAUAAUCUACAAUCAGUUAUACACUAGUUGAAUGUAUAAAUUCAAGAUCUUUAAAUCCGUAUUGAAUAAUUACUAUCUCAACAAAUAGAUCAAGGUACAUAAAUAAAUUAACUUGGUUUGAACUAGUAAAAUAUUAUAAGAACUCAAUUCAACAAUAUGAUACCUUUAAAUUAGAAUAAUUCAUAUAUACAGAAUGGUAUUAAUUAAUUAUACUUACCCAGUUACUAAAUAACAUAAAUACCAUCCAGUUUGAAUAAAUUGUCGCCUCAUUAGCAUACUUUACAAAUGUAAAACUAAUAAAGUGAAAAGAAAAUAUUACUGUUAAACUAAAUAACAGAGGCAAACACUAUAAAAAAAGUCUAUCAUAAUAACCAUGAACCUUAGUAAUUCAAUCACUCAUAAUAUUUCAGAAGAGCAAAUAAAAUUUAAGAUAAGUAAUCAUAAAUAAGAAGCAUAUCUCCACUUUAAGGAUUAGAAUCACAUGAUUAAAAUAUUGCUCAUAUUCAUGGCCAGGAACAAACAGCCAAAUUUUGUUAAAAUAAUAAAUUUAAUUUUGAUUAAUUCUAAAAGCAAGAAUAGUUAACUGAAUAAAUGCAAAAAAAAUAAUUAGGAGAUUCCUUCAGCUAAGAAAAUAAAGGUAUGACAAGAAAUGAUUCAUAAACUUUUAAAAGAUAAACAUUUAAACAUGAAAUACAGUAAUCAUUUUCUCCUAAAAAUUCUUUCGUACCUUCUUCCAAUUAUUGGAAAGAUUAGAAUAAUGAUGAAUUUCCAAAAUAGAUAAAUGAAAAUGAAGAAGAAAUAUCUUUAAAAUAAUUAAAUAAAACUAUUUAAAAGGUUGAACAGGCAAUAAAUGUUAGCAAUAAUCAUAUUAUUUAGUUCUAAUCUAAUUAAAAUACUAAAAACGAAGAAAAGCCAUUUUUUGCUGCAGAAAAAAAACAAAAUGGUAGAAAGAGAAGUUUAUUGAAUGGUGUAUUUAAAGAAAUAAAUACUGCUGAAAAGAUUGAGAGCUAAUAGAAAAUUGAAGAAUCAUAUCAAGCAAGUAAAGAAAAGAAAUAUGAUGAAUCAUCAAUAUUUCCAUAAAUUAAUAUCUUACUAGAUUCCUAAACAAAAUUAUAAAGUCAACAAAUAAACAUCUAAAAAUAAUUUGAAACAGAAAAAUUGGAAUAGUAAAGUGAGUAGUCUAAGAAUUAAAAUAAAAGAACCCUAAAUCCAUAUUAAAAAUAAGAAACAUUUUAAUAGAAAGUUGAUUAUAACAUUCAAUAAUAAAAUUAAAUAGAGAAUAUAGAUUAAGUUUUCGAAUUCCUUCAAGAUUAAAAAUAUAAUGAAGCUCUAAGUAUAGCCCUUACUUAGUAAGAUGAUGAUUUCCUCAUUUAAGUACUUAAGCUUUCAGAAAUGGAAGACUGCAUUAAUAAACUAGAUGAUACUCAUAGUGAAUAUUUAUUAACCAAACUUAAGGGUAUGCUAUAUAAUAGAUAAUACUUAGAUUAAUGCAUUCCUUGGAUAACUUAAAUUGUUAAAAGUAAUGUUUCAAUAUCAUAGCUCCUUCUUAAUUCGUUAAUAGACACCAUAAAGAUUAUUCUUGAUUAACAAUAAAAUCCAUAUGAACCAAAUUAAAGUAUUACAUAAGAAGAGUAACAGAGUAUCCAACAAAUCUUAUAGAUUGCAUAGUAGAAAAUUUGA